CUCUCCCAAUGACAUGAUCCUCCUUUGUCUUCUUUUCUUUAUUCAGCGUCUUCCUCUUCUCUCUGCGUGUCUUAUUCCUCUGCCUCGUCUGCCUGCUGCUCUCAGAUCAGCUGUAGUGGACGGAUCUCCAGCUGUGUGGCUCCAGUCCUGCAGGCAGGCGGGCGGGCAGGCAGGCAGGGUCGGCCAUGUUGUUGCGUGGGGGUUGAUGCAAGUUUAGUAGUGAGGAGGAAGUCGAGGCUCCACGGAGGUUGAAGGAAGACUUCAGGUUCCCCACUUUCCCCCCCCCCACCCUCACACUGGUGUCGUCAUGCAGCUGCAGGGUUCAUCCUCUGUGACCUGUGACCACGAGCGACUCCUGCAGCAGCAGCAGCUCGUGCUGCAUCCGGCAACACUGUAACACUGAUGUUCCACUGGAGGAGCCGCUUUGAUUGUAACUUCAGCUCUGAAAAUCUCACCACUGGAUGGAGGAAGGAGUGAGGAUGCAGGAGGCGCAGUUCCGGCUGGAAUAGCUCGGAUUUGAUUGACUUUAUUUCUGAUUUUUAAAGGGGGUAAAAAAGGGGGUGGGGGGGGGAGAGAGGACGCAGCGGAGGAGAGGACGCAGACUUGUGAAGGACGGGCGAGACGAUGGGCUGCAUUAAGAGCAAAGAGGACAAAGGACCAACAAUGAAAUAUCAGCCGGAGAAUUCUCUGGCGUCAGACCCCAACGCCGCCGCCGCCACACCUCACAUCGGUCACUACGGGCCGGAUCCUACCCAGCUGCAGCAGAAUCAGCCUCCCUCAUCCACUGCUGGCUCUGCAGCUGCAAACUUUAACCACUCCCUCACGCCGUUUGGUGGCUCGUCGUUGGCUAUGACGCCCUUUGGAGGGAUGUCCUCCUCCUUCUCUGGUCCUGUGUCCAACUCCUUCUCUGGGGCUGUCUCAAGUGGCGUUACGUUCUUCGUGGCCUUGUAUGACUAUGAAGCCAGGACGUCAGACGAUCUCACUUUUAAAAAGGGAGACCGCUUCCAGAUCAUCAACAACACAGAAGGAGACUGGUGGGAAGCUCGCUCCAUCAACACCGGGAAGACGGGCUACAUCCCGAGCAAUUACGUGGCUCCUGCUGACUCCAUCCAGGCUGAAGAGUGGUAUUUUGGUAAAAUGGGCCGCAAAGACGCAGAGAGGUUGCUGCUGAUCACGGGGAACCAUCGGGGAACGUACUUGGUGCGAGAGAGUGAAACUACAAAAGGUGCUUACUCCCUGUCCAUACGAGACUGGGACGAAGUUAAAGGAGACAACGUCAAACACUACAAGAUCCGCAAGCUUGACAGCGGCGGUUACUACAUCACCACGCGCGCACAGUUUGACACGUUACAGAAGCUUGUCAAACACUACACAGAGCACGCUGACGGGCUUUGCCACAGGCUGACCACGGUUUGCCCCACGGUCAAGCCACAGACGCAGGGCCUCGCUAAAGACGCCUGGGAGAUUCCUCGGGAGUCCCUGAGGCUGGAGGUCAAACUGGGCCAGGGCUGCUUCGGCGAGGUCUGGAUGGGCACGUGGAACGGCACCACUAAGGUGGCUAUAAAGACGCUGAAGCCGGGAACCAUGUCGCCCGAGGCUUUCCUCCAAGAGGCUCAGAUCAUGAAGAAGCUCAGACACGACAAGCUGGUGCCUCUGUACGCGGUGGUGUCCAAGGAGCCCAUCUACAUCGUCACGGAGUACAUGUCCAAAGGAAGCUUGCUUGACUUCCUCAAAGAGGGUGACGGCAAAUUCCUGAAGCUCGUCAUGCUGGUGGACAUGGCUGCAAAGAUCGCUGACGGCAUGGCUUUCAUCGAGAGGAUGAACUACAUCCACCGGGACCUGCGCGCCGCCAACAUUCUUGUGGGGGAAAACCUGGCGUGCAAGAUUGCUGACUUCGGUCUGGCCAGGUUGAUAGAGGAUAACGAGUACACAGCCAGGCAAGGAGCUAAAUUUCCUAUUAAAUGGACGGCACCUGAGGCCGCACUGUACGGCCGCUUCACCAUCAAGUCAGAUGUCUGGUCCUUCGGCAUCUUACUCACCGAGCUUGUCACCAAAGGCAGAGUUCCCUACCCGGGUAUGGUGAACCGCGAGGUGCUGGAGCAGGUGGAGCGAGGGUACCGCAUGCCCUGCCCCCAAGGAUGCCCCGAGUCGCUGCAUGAGAUGAUGAUGGUCUGCUGGAAGAAGGAGCCGGACGAGAGGCCCACCUUCGAGUACCUGCAGUCUUUUCUGGAAGACUAUUUCACCGCCACAGAGCCACAAUAUCAGCCCGGAGAAAACCUAUAGCCUGUCACUCUGCAGUGUGGAGGAGCUAAUAAUGUGUGACUCUGUUAGAAGUCGACUGGAAAGUGGGAUGAUCGGUCGCAUGAACCACUACGUGCUCUACCUUUUCCUUAUUUUUAUUUUUGAGUUUUUAUUAUCCUGUCCUUGUUUUUCGUGUCAAUCCAUGGUACGACACAAGUCUUUAGUGUGGAUUUAUUCAUCGUGUACAGAAUGUGGACGUGGAUUUCGGCUGUGGGCACAUGGACACCGUGUUAUGUUGCUGUGAAAGAAGCUGUGAUGAUGCCUCACUACAGAGGGGGCAAUAAAAGAAGAACGAGAGCAGAGAGCUGUUUGUUUAACGUGGGGAUCUGUCACUUUAAUUUUCCUCCAAAUGAUCAAGUCUUUGUGAGAAAGAAGAUGGAGAUAAACGAAUAGGAGACAGGGUUUAUCAUUAUCGCAGUCCGUUUGAUAGUGAUGAUCUCACUUCAACAUUUCAUCAGUUACAGUGCAAUUUACAUCCGUCUUAAAUUGGGGGAUUAGAGGAUGAGCGUCACUUCGUAGUUUGUUUUCUAAUGUUUCUAAGAAUUUAUUCAUAUUAUAUGGACCUGUAUCUACAGCUUCAUUUGAGGUUUGUCACCCAUCGCCUGGUCACGUCUGCUAGAAAUGUCUGUCUUAUAAUCUCAAGUGUGGUUUGUAUAAAUGUGUCACCAGGUUUUUUGCAGCAGUUAAUAAAACAGUGAUGGAACUCAUGGACUCGUCCUGCAGAGCUGAGAGGUCGGACGCUGUCUGCUGGCUUCUGAAGACAUUGAAUGAUAAUAACAGCCUCCAAAGCUGGAAACAAACAUCUUAUUUUCUACAAUGUGACUGUUGAAGACUCUGAACUAAACUAAACUCUGCAAAAACUAUUUGUAUGCCUGUGAUUACCUUUUUUUUGUUUUUAUUACAGUGCAUUGUGUUCCUGUAUUUACUCAUGUGGACAGUGUUAAACUGGAGCAUUGACAACUUAGCUUGUAUAAAAGGGCUUUGUACAUUAUCAAAUCCUCAUUUUAUAUAAUUAUUAUUAUUAUUAUUACAACAAUCUUGACAUGAUGGUGUUACAUUAGUGAGGGAGAGAGUGGGUGAAGACUGAUCUGGAGAAUUUGUACAAUAAAAAAAACAUAUCCUA